UCUCAACCCAAACGCCACUCAAACUCCGCCUCUUUCCGUAGUUUUCGAGCAAUGAAGCGAGGAAUCGGGAGGACUUCCCGGACAGGUACUUCACCUCUCUGCAACCGGGAUGCGACGCGGUUGUUUUCACCUCUUUUCUCCCCACUAACACCACCAACUCAGCCCCGCCUUCCGUUGCGUGACCUUCAAAGGUCGCUGUGAUCCCCCGCGCUGGACUUGACGCCCAAAAAAGAGACGACGACAAAGAUGAUGUCGCCAUCGCCAACUCAUAGUGACAGUAGUGGCUCUUCGAAGCAAGAUAGUAACCAGGAUAAUUGGGAAAUUGUUGAGGGGCUCAGGGGGGCUCCUGCCGUCAUGCAGCAGCCUGAGCCACAGCGGGGCUUCCUGUUAAAGAGAAGGAAGUGGCCAAUGAAAGGAUGGCAUAAGAGAUUUUUCGUGUUGGACAAAGGCAUCCUGAAGUAUGCGAAGCACGGCACGGAUCUGAAAAAAGGAAAGAUUCACGGCUGCAUCGAUGUCGGCCUUUCCGUCAUGGCGAUCAAGAAGUCAACCAUGUGCAUCGACCUGGACACCGAGGAUAACAUCUAUCACCUCAAGACAAAGUCUCCUGAGGUGUUUGAGGACUGGGUGUCAAAGCUGCGUCAUCACCGCGUGUUUCGUCAGAACGAGAUUUCCUCGUAUCCUCACCACUACCACACUCACACCUUAUCCUCGCCUCGCUCCAUAAGGAAGAGGGGUUCUCUCCCCAAGCAGAUGUCGAUCCAUCAGGCCAAGGUCAGCUCUUGGCUUCACUCCUCAGAGGACAUGAACAAGUGUGCCAAAGACUUGGAAGAGUGUGAAUCUCACCUCCUGGAACUCAACCUGCUGCUGAGGAGCAUGGAGGUCAUGCAUCGCACAUACUCUGCGUCGUCUAUCAACGCACUCCAAGCAUCGACUUCUGAUAUCUCAAAGAAAGAGAAGAAGACAAAGAAAUGGCGAAGCAAGAAUGGCAAAAACAGCAAAGUAACAACACAGAUGCCUCCAAAUAACGCCUCCAAUCCCAAUCUCACAACGAUGGAGCCAAACAGUCAAGAGGUCUUUCCGGAAUCUCCGGACUCCCCCGUUGACGUUUCUCGCCUGCAAGACAACUUCAACAGGCUAGCUAACAGCAUCCACAGCACGCUCAAAUCAGCGUAUAGUUCCCUGUCAGCAGAAAGGGAGAGAUUAAGGCAAAGUAUCGAAAUGCAAGCUCCCCAACCGUUGCAAGUUACGGCCUUAAAGACCGCCUACGGCUCAGAUUGUCCGGACGAAAGUCAUCCUUUGGUCCACCAGGCAUCAAAUGAAAGCAAAGCGUCAAUCGCCGAGUCGAUCUCGGAGUUCUACGAUGCGCAGGAGUACCUCCUCUCCUCGUCCUCCUCUGAGAAUGAGCUGUCUGACGACGACUCGUACAUCAGCGACGUGAGCGACAGCAUUUCCGUGGAUACCUGCAGCAACGGAGCGGGCAGCGAGAGACACGGUUCAGUGAGUAGCGUCGGCUCUGUGAUUCGUCGUCGCACCACGCUGCCCGCUCCCAGUCCCCCCUGCAGCGUGAGUCUGUGGAACAUCCUCAGGAACAACAUUGGGAAGGACUUGUCCAAAGUGGCGAUGCCGGUCCAGUUGAACGAGCCACUCAACACCCUGCAGAGGUUGUGCGAGGAGCUGGAGUACAGCCAGCUGCUGGACACGGCCAACAAGACCGCCAACCCUUACCAGCGUAUGGUUUACGUUGCCACCUUUGCGAUUACCGCAUACACGUCUUCCUACUAUCGAGCCGGAAGCAAGCCUUUCAAUCCGGUUUUAGGAGAAACCUACGAGUGUGACAGACCUGACAAGGGCUUCAGGUUUAUCGGCGAACAGGUGAGCCAUCACCCGCCUGUGUCAGUAUGUCACUCGGAUUCAAAGAACUUUUCUUUUUGGCAAGAUGUUCGGUUGAAAAAUAAAUUUUGGGGAAAAUCCAUGGAAAUCGUUCCAAUCGGUACGACCAACGUCACGCUGCCUUUGUUUGGGGACCAUUAUGAAUGGAACAAAGUGACAUCCUGCAUCCAUAACAUCCUCAGUGGGCAGCGUUGGAUUGAACACUAUGGAGAGAUGACCAUCAAAAAUGUCAACAGUAACACUUGCGAGUGUAAAGUCACAUUUGUCAAGGCGAAAUCGUGGAGCUCCUCCGUCAAUGAGAUCGAGGGCGUGGUGACCGAUUCCAACGGACAGGUUGUGCACUCCAUUUUUGGGAAAUGGCACGAGUCCAUUUUCCAGGGCCACCCGCCUUCUGCCACGUGCAUCUGGAGAGCAAAUCCCAUGCCGGUGGACCAGGAACAGUACUAUGGCUUCACUCAGUUUGCAAUGCAGUUAAACGAGUUGGAUCCCACCAUCAGACCUCUACUGCCCCCUACAGACACACGCUUCCGAUUGGACCAAAGGCUCUUGGAGGAGGGAAAUGUGGAAGGAGCCGAAGAACAGAAGCAGAGGAUAGAACAGCUGCAGAGGGAGAGGAGGAAAGUGCUGGAGGACAACAACAUGACCCACCGACCAUGCUUCUUCAAAAAGUCAGAAGAUGACACAUGGGUGAGCAACAACUCGUACUGGGAGUUACGUAGAGACCCCGGUUUCACUAAAGUGGACUUUCCUGUGCUGUGGUGACCUGUCAAAUCAACUGGCACUCCACUCGACUAGAAAUUAUCAAAAAACGGAAGUCGAAAAAUAAGUGGGGCUGGAGUUCAAGUGGCCCUGAUUCAUGUCACAGUAACCAAAAACCAACAUGGACUUCCUGUGCCCUUUUUUAAGAGCCAGCAGACUCUUUUCCGAUUUCACCACCUUCUUUAUCCUGUACAUGAUUGUCUGAUUUCUAUUCUUAUUUACAUUUUUGUUUGUGUGGACUCAAGGUAUACUGCAUAACAGAGAUUUAUGGAUCACCUUUUACCAAAGUGCCUUUUACUGCAAUGCUGCACACAUUCAACUGCUGUUGCAGUUACGUUUCCCAAAAAAGACUUUCAAAUAUCACGGGUCAAGGGAAGAGGAAAAACCACAGAACUGUUUAAAAAAAAAAAGUACAGAAUUACAGGAGCGGAUCAGCAGUUCCCGAGCGACUUUGGCUCUGUGAUAUCCUCCAGCUCUUCAUACUCUGGAUGGACGGGAAUCUCAACAAAAAAAAAAGGCGCUGGUGCUUCGAAAGUGGUAAUAAAUAACACUAUAGAUCGACAACUUU